CGCAUGCGUGGGAGGCGGGGGCUUUAAGGGCGGCGGAGGCGCGGCUGGGCCCUGUCGGCUUGUCAGCCGGCUCGGACUCGCCGGCGGCCUGCGCGCGGACGCCCUGCCAUGGCGGCGGAGGAGGACCAGGUGGACGCCGCGGACACCGGCGAGCGGUCAGGAUGGCUAACUGGCUGGCUUCCCACAUGGUGCCCUACCUCCACAUCACACCUUAAAGAAGCUGAAGAGAAAAUUUUAAAAUGUGUCCCCUGCACAUACAAAAAAGAGCCUGUUCGUAUCUCAAAUGGAAAUAAGGUCUGGACGCUGAAGUUCUCCCACACUAUUUCCAAUAAGACUCCCCUCGUUCUCCUUCAUGGAUUUGGAGGAGGUCUUGGACUCUGGGCACUAAACUUUGGAGAUCUGUGUACUGACAGACCACUCUACGCUUUUGACCUGCUGGGGUUUGGACGAAGUAGCAGGCCGAGGUUUGACAGCGACGCGGAAGAAGUGGAGAAUCAGUAUGUAGAGUCCAUCGAGGAGUGGAGAUGCGCCCUCGGGCUGGACAGAGUGAUCCUGCUUGGGCAUAACCUGGGUGGGUUCUUGGCUGCUGCUUAUGCACUGAAGUACCCAUCGAGGGUCAGUCAUCUCAUUUUAGUGGAGCCUUGGGGCUUUCCUGAGCGACCCGACCUUGCUGACCAAGACAGACCGAUUCCAGUUUGGAUCCGAGCCUUGGGAGCAGCUUUGACCCCCUUCAACCCUUUAGCUGGGCUGAGGAUCGCAGGGCCCUUUGGUCUAAGCCUAGUACAGCGGCUAAGGCCUGACUUCAAGCGGAAGUACUCUUCCAUGUUUGAAGAUGACACUGUGACAGAGUACAUCUACCACUGCAAUGUGCAGACUCCCAGCGGAGAGACGGCCUUCAAAAACAUGACUAUCCCGUACGGCUGGGCCAAAAGGCCGAUGCUCCAGCGAAUCGGCAAAAUGCAUCCCGACAUCCCAGUCUCGGUCAUCUAUGGCGCCCGGUCCUGCAUAGACGGCAAUUCUGGCACUAGCAUCCAGUCUCUGCGGCCACAUUCAUACGUGAAAACGAUAGCCAUCCUGGGAGCAGGGCAUUACGUGUAUGCAGACCAGCCGGAAGACUUCAACCAGAAAGUCAAGGAGAUCUGCGACACUGUGGACUGAGCUCCCUGGGGCUGAUGGGCAGUUGCCCAGCAGUGACCCCGACUGUGGGCCAGCGGGCAUGACGGCGAGACGACCUCCCAGGCUCCCUCACUGUCCUCUGCACAUGGCUCCUGCUGAAACACUUGCCCAUUUAGACCAGCUAGUGCCUUCCAGAAGAGUGAAUCUCCCUUCUCCUACACAAAAAUGAGAUGCACACGAGCCUCCGAAUCUACUAGCUUUAAUAAAAGGUUCUCUUUCCCUUUGCUGUA